CCCGACCACCGAUGCAAAUACAAUCGCACCCAUAAUGAAUAAAAGGGACUGCCUUGCCGUUGCUCUAUUAGACGCCAGUGCGCAGAGAGGAACCCUCUUGCGGCAGCUGAGAAGGUUCAGAGAACGAUGAAGUUCAACCCGGACAGUUACGCUAAGUACGACCAUUAUCCUAGUCAAGUACACGAUGAGGUCCUAAGGAAUAUACGCUUCGAAGUUCCGUUAACCAAGGAACAGCAAGUUCUGGAAGUAGGAUGCGGUACGGGGCACUCCGCCCGGCGAUUUCUGCUGCCUCACUGCCAACCCUGUAGAAGGAUAGUGGCCACAGACCUGCAUCCCGACAUGAUCGAGUUCGCGCGCGAACACUUUUCGCACGAGAACAUUGUCCACGACGUCCUGGAUAUCACCACUCCCGACUUGGGUCCGUUCCUGGAAACGUACGGAAAGUUCGACAGGGUCUUCUCGUUCUUGGUCUUCCACAUGAUUCAGGACCCAAGGGCAGCCUACGCGAACAUCGCCAAGUUGCUGAACGACGGAGGCGAAUGCCUGGUGCUCGCUUUCUCCAGCCUCGAUUUUGCAGACGUGUGGGCAGAGGUGUGCGGGGUGCCGAAAUGGAAAGGACGGAUACCGGACCCACGAAAUGUUGCCAGCGCCUCUUUCGACUUCAAUUGCGUCAAGUCAGCCGCCAAGAUUGAAGCCGAAGUCAGAGACACUUUACGUGGAACCGGGUUGCAAUGUAUCUCCUGCGAAGUUCGUGAUUCCUCUUGGAAGUUUGACAGCAUGGAUUAUUUUCUCGACCUGUUCCUGAAUAUUAUUCCCUUCAAGGCGACCGUCACCGCCGAAGAGUGGGCAGAAUUCAGCAAUUUGUGGGCAGAACUGAUGCACCGGAAGUUGUCCACGUCACCGGGAGAGCCCAUCGUAAUGAAAUUUGUGUUCUAUGUCGUUCACGGCCGUCGGUCUUCUGGGUGAAAUAAGUCUCCUAAGCGCGUGAUAGUAACUGAGGCUAAAUGUGUGUCCAAUAAGCUGUCUCUAUGCGUCGCCAUUUUGGCUUACGAAGUUCUACAUGUAUUUUAUGAUCGACGUGCCCUCGCGUUCUCUUGAGUGAGUGAGUGAGUGAGUGAGUGAGUGAGUGAGUGAGUGAGUGAGUGAGUGAGUGAGUGAGUGAG